ACAGUAAAUGUAUAUGUACAAGAUGGAGGCACCGAUUCCACACCUGUGAAAGUGCUGAACUGUGAUACGAUAUCACAAGUAAAGGAAAAGAUAAUAGACCAAGUGUACCGAAAUCUGCCGUGUUCUCAGUGGCCAAAAGCUGACAGUGUAGUUCUUGAGUGGCGUCCAGGUUCAACUGCACAGAUCCUCUCAGACUUGGAUUUAACAUCCCAAAGAGAUGGCAGAUGGAAACGUAUCAACACACUAAUGCAUUAUAAUGUCCGAGAUGGUGCCACGCUCAUCUUAUCAAAAAUGGGAAUUUCCCAGCAGCCAGAGGAUAAUCAGCAGGAUGUCCCAGGGGAAAGGCAUGCACUCCUGGAAGAUGAAAAUAAAGUCUGGCAUCUUGUCCGGCCAGUGGAUGAAAUGGAUGAAGGUAAAUCAAAGCGCGGCAGUGUGAAAGAAAAAGAGAGGACCAAAGCUAUUACAGAAAUCUACCUGACCAGACUUCUUUCUGUGAAGGGAACACUUCAGCAGUUUGUAGAUGACUUCUUUCAGAGUGUGCUCAACUCAAACCAUGUGGUGCCACCAGCUGUGAAAUACUUCUUCGACUUUCUUGAUGAGCAAGCAGAAAAACAUGAAAUCAAGGAUGAAGAGACCAUUCACAUCUGGAAAACAAACAGCCUGCCCCUUAGAUUCUGGGUAAACAUACUCAAAAAUCCCCACUUCAUCUUCGAUGUUCAUGUUCACGAAGUAGUGGAUGCUUCCUUGUCAGUCAUUGCACAGACUUUCAUGGAUGCUUGCACAAGAACAGAGCACAAAUUAAGCAGAGAUUCUCCAAGUAAUAAAUUACUUUAUGCAAAAGAAAUCUCUAACUAUAAGAAAAUGGUGGAAGAUUAUUACAAAGGUAUUCGUCAGAUGGUGCCAGUGAGUGACCAGGACAUGAACACCCAUCUAGCAGAGAUUUCUAGGGCACAUACUGAUUCCUUAAACACACUUGUGGCUCUACACCAACUCUACCAGUACACUAACAAAUACUAUGAUGAGAUUAUAAAUGCACUUGAAGAGGAUCCAGCUGCACAAAAAAUGCAGCUUGCCUUCCGUUUACAGCAAAUAGCAGCUGCGCUAGAGAAUAAAGUGACUGACCUUUGACUCGAGAGCCGCAAUAAAGAAAUCUGAUCUGAAGAUGUUCAAAUUCAUUCUUCCUGUUAAGGAAAUAGUGUUCUAUUUUUUAAUGUAUAAUUACAACUUUAAAUGAAAGAUUUCAUGGUUUUUUGAUAGCAGAGGUGUAAUGUAAAGAAUUUUUACUGUAAAAUAUGCUUCUAAUUAAAAGUUGUGUUGU